AUGAUCCGUGGAACUUUAUUUGCCGUGACCCUGUGCCUCUGUGGUGCUUUGGAUGCAAAUUUCCCAGUCCUUCUCCAGUCUCCGAUCAUGGAACGAAUCACCGAGGGUCACACUGCUCGGUUACAGUGCACUGUGAGGAACGUCGCAGUGACACACAUCGAUGUUCACUGGUACCGGGAGCAACCAGGAAGGAGGAGGGAGUGGAUUUUGGUCCAUUACUCAUCGAAUAAUGUACAAUGGUACUUAAGUUAUUACACAUGGAAUCACAAGCAAUGGUACUCAGGUUUCAAAAAACGUUUCCAGUCUUCUAGAAACUCCUCCAGUAACAACUUCAUUCUGACCAUCACAAACGUGCAGCCCAAUGACACUGGGGUCUAUUACUGCUCACUCUGGGGAAGUAUCAGUGUUGGAGGAAGCCGGCUCAUUGUAAACAGUACAUCUGGUGCGGUCCUUCUCCAGUCUCCAAUCCUUAAAUGUGUCACUGAGGGUCACACUGCCCAGUUGCAGUGCACUAUGAGGAAUGCCACAGUGACACACACCGAUGUUCACUGGUACAGACAAGAACCAGGCAGUCAUAUGAAACUGCUUUUAACACAUGAAAGAAAUGGUUACAUACAAUGGAUCUCAGGUUUCGUUGAUCGAAUCCAGCCUUCCAGAGACUCCUCUCGUAACAGCUUCAUUCUGACCAUCACAGACGUGCAGUCCAGUGACACUGGGGUUUAUUACUGCUCAGCCUGGGGAAAUGUCCCUGGUGGAGGAAGCCACCUCAUUGUAAACAGUAUCACUGGCCCGGUCCUUCUCCAAUCUCCGAGGCUGGAACAUACCACCGAGGGUCACACUGCCCAGUUACAGUGCACCAUGAGGAAUGCCGCAGUGACACGUAUCGACGUUCAUUGGUACUGGCUGUCCCUGGACCAAAUUAUGAAGCAGAUUUUAACACAUCCGAGAAGUGGCUCCACACAAUGGAGCCCAGGAUUCACUGAGCGAUUCCAGCCUUCCAGAGACUCUUCCAAUAACAGCUUCAUUCUGACUAUCACAAACGUACAGCCCAGUGACACUGGGGUCUAUUACUGCUCAGUGCAGGGAAGGAUCUAUGGGAGUGGAAUCCUGCUCAAUAUCACCAGUGAAAAUGUCCCAGUCCUUCUCCAGUCUCCGAGCCUGGAACGUGCCACCGAGGGUCACACUGCCCAGUUACAGUGCACCAUGAGGAACGUCGCAGUGACACACACUGAUGUUCACUGGCAUCGGGAGCACCCAGCGAAUAACACGGAGUGGGUUUUAACAGAUGAUGUGAGGAACAUCACACAAUGGAGCCUAGGAUUCACUGACCGAUUCCAGUCUUCCAGAGACCCCUCCAAUAACAGCUUCAUUCUGACCAUCACAAAUGUGCAGCGCAGUGACACUGGUGUCUAUUACUGUAAUGUGUGGGGAGACAUCAGUGGGAAUGGAUCCCAGCUGACUGUAAUGGAUCCAUUGGCUGAUCCAGUCCUUAUUCAGUAUCCAGUGGUCAGCCAGGUACCAGAGGGUGAAACUGUUAAGUUCCAAUGUGCCAUGUACAAUGCCAGUGUGAUUGACACUGAUGUACACUGGCACUACCAGCGACCUGGCAGCAACAUGGAGUGGAUGAUAAGCCAGUUUGUGAAUGGCACCCUCAGCAAGGCCCAGGGUUUCCACGAUCGUGUUCAUGUUUCCAGGAAUGUCAGCAGGAACAGUUACAUUCUGAGCCUUGUGAAUGUGAAUCUCAAUGAUAGUGCUGUUUACUGCUGCAGUGUGUGGAGCUACAUCUAUGGAGCAGGGAGCCAGCUCAUUGUAACUGAUCGGACACAGAGCAGUGAGCAAGCAGCAGUUCCUCCUGUUGUGGUAAGGAAAUGGCACACAGCUGUUGGUUUUUGCGGCAUUUUUAACACAAGGACUUUAAGAAACAGGAGCCACAUCCAGGAGGAACUUCAGUAUCACCAGAACACUUACAAAUCAUAA